GUGGGUCGCGUUUCCAAGAUGGCGACUCCCUAUGUUACUGAUGAAACCGGAAAAUACAUCGCAUCCACACAGCGCCCAGAUGGUACCUGGAGAAAACAAAGACGGGUGAAAGAAGGCUACGUUCCCCAAGAAGAAGUGCCAGUGUAUGAGAAUAAAUAUGUGAAGUUCUUUAAAAGCAAGCCAGAGUUACCUCCAGGCUUGAAUCCAGAAGUUCAGACGCCUGUGGCCCGUCAAACGUCAAAGGGACCCGAGGGUGGAGAGACGGGACUCUCCAAGACCGCUAAGAGGAACCUCAAACGGAAGGAGAAGAGAAAACAGCAGCAUGAAAAAGGGGAUCGAGACAACGAUGACCUGAUUCAGUCUCUAGAGAAAACAACCUUAUCGGCGACACCGAGCAGUUGCGGGGAUGGUAAGCUGGCCGUGUCUGAUGCCAACCCAAGAACCCCUGCUGGCAGCAGGGAUGUCUCUUCAGCUUCUGCCACUGCCACCUUAGAGAAGAACAAGAAAGUUAAAAACCUGAAAAAGAAACUACGGCAGGUGGAGGAUCUGCAGGCGCGGAUUGACUCUGGGGAGAUCAAGCAGCCGACCAAAGAGCAGUUAGAGAAGCUGGCUCGACGGAAAGCUUUGGAAGAAGAACUUGAGGACCUGGAACUGGAUUUGUAAAGGGUUGGAAUAUCAACCGGACCUCGUGUGCUUAGGAACAAACCGUCCCCUGGGGAAACAUUCUCAGAACUGCAACAAAAAGACCAGAAGAUGGUGAUGUCUUCAGCCUUCUCCUUUGUACCAUUAUUUUAUUUUAUGUUGGUGCUGUCUGAAUUUUUAAAAGUAUUUCUCCCAGCUGUUGAUGUGUUAGCUAUCUAGGACUUCUUUAAGGCAACAACUUUGCCACCUAGUUCUUUCCAGUUUCUUCCUCCCCUUCCCACUUCCAUUCUUAUUCCAGGUGGGUGGGUGAAAUGUCAUUUCACACCGAGGGGAUGACUUUCAGAGGCACCUGACCAGGAGGAGCAAUCUGUCUUUUCCUCCUGCCACUGUAUUAUAUUCAACAUUUUCACGUUCUCUGUAACAAUCACACGGCCUUCCAUCUUCUCUUCCUCCUCAUUUUGAAAAAAGGAUGCAAUAAUAAAAAUUGCAGUAGUGA